UGAAACUAACGAGAUGUGCGACACAAAGCCUAACGAUUUAAAUGUGUGGGUUGAAGAUUUUUUACGUAAAAGAAGAUAUUCGAAGUACGAGCUAGAACUUGCCGGAAAUACUUCUAAAGGAGAUGGGUACCUGGGCGAAGUUACUUUUGUCAAAGUCCUUACGGGUAUUGGAAGAGAAGAAGAAAAAAUUUACAACCUAGUGAUAAAGUCGGCCAAAAAAAGCGACGCGCUUCGCAAAAAGACGCCGAUCAAAGAAGUUUUCGAUCGCGAAAUGUUUAUGUACAGCAAAGUUUUUCCUGAAAUGAAACAAUUUCAGCUUGAAAGAUCUACGGAAGCUCCGUUCAUGAAGUUUGCAAAAUGUUAUAGUGUGUUCAAUGAAAACCAAAAAGAAGCGAUUAUUUUGCAAAAUCUAAAGUAUCUAGAAUAUGAUCUUCACGAUAGAAAAGUGCCCCAAAACUUAGAGCAUGUUUUGUUUGUGUUUGAAAACUAUGGAAAAUUUCAUGCUAUUUCGAUGGCAAUGAAGAAACAGACACCGGAGCUUUUUGAAAAGUUAACUGAAAAUAUGGAUGAUCUAUUAUCAAAAUUUUUUAUACAAACUAAUAUGAUCGAUGGAUUGGUAAAGAAAUUUAGAGAUAAUUUGGAUUUAUUGAAAACCGAAAAUGGCGUUACCUAUAAAAAGCUUUCUCACUUUGAUAAAGGUUUCAUUGAAAAAGUUUUGGUUAAAGAGAGGAAACCAUCUGAUGGGAUUUUUGCUUUAUUGCAUGGUGAUUGUUGGAAUAACAAUAUGAUGUUUUCAUAUAGAGAUGAUGCAUCAAAACAAAAACCUAAAGAUAUGAUGUUUUUGGAUUUCCAACUAUCCACUUUAGGUUCCCCAAUUUACGAUUUGUCUUAUUACUUAUAUGCGGUUGCGGACGAAAAAAUCCUCAAAAAUUUCGACUUGAUUCUUGGAACUUAUCAUAAAAGCUUGACCAGCUUUUUAAAAGUCCUCAACGAAUUCUCGUACAAUAUCACAUACGAGGAUAUAAAACGACACUGGAUAGAAUAUGGUGGGUUUGGAGUGGUAAUGGCAGGUUUAAUAAUUCCGAUAGAGUUGUCUGACGCUGAAGAAGUGGUGGAUUUAGCCGAAGAGGUCGAAAGUGGUGAUUUAUCUCAGGCGUUUAAUAGUAGUAUUAAAAAUAAACAGGAAGUUGAAAAUAGGAUUAAAGCUGUUUUCAAUCAUUAUGCUUCACUAUUAUAAUGUUUAUAUGUAUUGCAAUUAUUUAUAGUUUGAAUAGUUAAAUAAAUAUUUGUUGCUGUUUUA